UUUACGGAGCCAGCGUGAACGCAUCCAGAAAUCACUGAAUCAUACGGUCAGGAGCACCCUCGAUUCUAGCUCCGACGAAGCCUUGGUUAGAAUGGCGGCGCCAGCAGAUCAGCGGAUUGCGGUCCCCGUUGACGACCCCAACGCCGACACCGAAUGGAAUGACAUCCUCCGCAAACACGGCAUCAUCCCCGAGAAGCCGCCCUCCCCGACCCCGCUCAUCGAAGAAGCCAUCCUCGAAGCACGCCGGCUCGCGCACGAGAACCGCCUCGAAGGCAAAGACCUCUCCGACCUGUCCGAGCUCGAGGACGAAGAAGACGAGACCUUCCUCGAACAGUACCGCCAGAAGCGCCUGCGGGAGCUGUCCGCGCUGCAGAAGAAGUCGGUCCACGGGUCGGUCUACCCGAUCUCCAAGCCCGAGUACCAGCGCGAGGUGACCGAGGCGUCGCAGGACGGGCCCGUGCUCGUCAACCUGACCUCGGCGCACGGCAACGUCGAGUCGCGCGUGCUGUCGCAGCUCUGGCGGCAGGCGGCGCGCGAGUACGGCGACGUCAAGUUCUGCGAGAUGCCCGCCAACCGCGCCAUCGAGAACUACCCGGAGCGCAACUGCCCGACGAUCCUGGUCUACAACAAGGGCGACAUCGUCAAGCAAGUUGUCACGCUGGCGACGGUGGGCGGCGCGCGAAUGAGCAUGCUGGAUCUGGAUAAGAUCCUGGUCGAGGUGGGUGCUGUCAAGGAGGACGACAUGCGGGUGCUCAAGCGGAGGAGGGAAGCGGAGGAUGCCGAGGAGGAGGGUAAGCAAGGUGCGAGAAGGGCGGUCAGAAGCAGUAGGGAUGCGGUGAAACGGAAUGAUGACGACGAUGAUUGGGAUUGAAAGGCCUCGUUGGUUCGGCGGGUGAGUCACUCGGUGAGAGCAAACCGCGCGGGAUCAAGAGCUUGGUCCGAAAGACCAGCCA